AGCCAGCCCCGCGGCUCCCGCCGUACGGGCCGUACGCCAAGAUGGCGGCGGCGCACUUCCGCCGCGUACUUCCGGCCCCGCCCGCGCCCGCACCCGUUCGGCCCGGAUUGGCCACGGCGGCGUGCCGUCGCGUCUCUCUGCGGAACCGUCGGAGCGACGCCGGGCUUAGUCGGCGGUUCUGGAGGGAAGAUGGACGCAGCUACUCUGACCUACGACACUCUCCGAUUUGCUGAGUUUGAAGAUUUCCCCGAAACCUCGGAGCCUCUUUGGAUCCUGGGUAGAAAGUACAGCAUCUUCACAGAAAAGGACGAGAUCUUGGCCGAUGUGGCGUCGAGACUUUGGUUUACAUACAGGAAGAACUUCCCAGCCAUUGGGGGCACCGGCCCCACCUCGGACACGGGCUGGGGCUGCAUGCUGCGGUGUGGACAGAUGAUCUUUGCCCAAGCCCUGGUGUGCCGGCACCUGGGCCGAGACUGGAGGUGGACGCGGCGGGCGAGGCAGCCGGACAGCUACUUCAGCGUCCUGCGCGCGUUCCUGGACAGGAAGGACAGCUGCUACUCCAUCCACCAGAUAGCACAAAUGGGAGUCGGCGAGGGCAAGUCCAUCGGCCAGUGGUACGGGCCCAACACCGUCGCCCAGGUCCUCAAGAAGCUCGCCGUCUUCGACACGUGGAGCGCCCUGGCUGUUCAUGUAGCGAUGGACAACACAGUGGUGAUGGAGGACAUCAGAAGGUUGUGCGGGAGCAGCCUGCCUUGUGCCGGGGCCGCAGCGCUUCCUGCAGGUUCUGAGCCGCGCUGUAACGGGCUCCCGGCCCGGCCCGAGGUCGCCAGCAGGCCGUCGCCAUGGAGACCGCUGGUGCUGCUGGUCCCGCUGCGCCUGGGGCUCACGGACAUCAAUGCGGCCUACGCGGAGACCCUGAAGCGCUGCUUCACGAUGCCCCAGUCCCUGGGCGUGAUCGGAGGGAAGCCCAACAGCGCCCGCUAUUUCAUCGGCUACGUGGGUGAGGAGCUCAUCUACCUGGACCCUCACACCACGCAGCCGGCCCUGCAGGCCGCUGAGCACUGCCCGAUCCCGGAUGAGAGCUUCCACUGCCAGCACUCGCCCAGCAGGAUGAGCAUCGCAGAGCUCGACCCGUCCAUCGCUGUGGGGUUUUUCUGUGGGACCGAGGACGACUUUAACGACUGGUGCCAGCAAGUGAAAAAGCUGUCCCUCCUUGGAGGCGCGCUGCCAAUGUUUGAGCUGGUGGAGCGGCAGCCUUCGCACCUGGCCUGUCCUGACGUCCUGAACUUGUCCUUAGAUUCUUCUGACGUAGAGCGACUGGAAAGAUUCUUUGACUCAGAAGAUGAAGACUUUGAAAUCUUGUCCCUUUGAGGAUCCUGCAGUUGGGGGACGGUCUCACUGGCCCCACAGGGGCGCUCGGCCGCCGCAUCUCAUCCCGCCCGCCGCCGCCUGCC